GUUGCUAUCUCUGAACUCUGAAUCAGCUCCACACUGCAAGCUCUGUUCCUCCUGCAAACCCAUCAAAUCUCAGCAAUCUUUUCUCUUUUAUCUUGUCACCAGUCUUCUUCUACCAAGCCAAUCAAAUCACUAGUGGAGAUUCAUGGGAAAGCUGGAAGCUUUUCAUGUGUCUGUGAAGAAAUUCAUGGUUUUUGCUUUGUGGUGAUCUUGGAACCUCCCAAAGAUCACACCUUUUGCUGGUUUUUAGAGCAUUUGGGAUUGGAGACUAUCAAAGAUUCUAGCUUUUUGAUGAUUUCUAAUAGCCCUCAGAGAAGCAGUGGGAGCAGCCCAGAAACCCUUGGUGAUGUGCACUGUAGUGCUAAGAAGACAAACAAGAAGAAGAGGUUGAGGAAGAGGAAGAGGAACAAGAAGAAGGUGACUCCUGAGCUUAUUCUUGCUUCCAACUAUGUCUACCAUUGGGCUUUUGGUUGCCUUGCUGAUGAUCCUGAUAAGGUUGCAGACCGUGUCUUGUUUGAGCUCCAUUGUCAUUCUUCUUGCAGUGAUGGCUUCUUGCCGCCCUCUGCGGUUGUUGAACGAGCUCAUGGCAACGGGGUGAAGGUACUCGCAUUGACGGAUCAUGAUACAAUGGCUGGUGUUUCAGAGGCCAUGGAAGCCGCUCGCAAAUUCAAUAUCAAGGUCAUACCCGGUGUCGAAAUUAGCACUGUCUACUCUGCAAGGGAAGAGACUGAAAUUGAGGAGCCUGUGCAUAUACUUGCAUACUAUGGUAGUUGUGGGCCUGCAAGAUAUGAAGAACUAGACCGGGUAUUGGUUGCCAUUAGAGAAGGUCGUUACCUUCGAGCACGAGAGAUGUUGAUUAAACUCAGUGAACUUAAGAUGCCUCUUGAGUGGGAGCAUGUUGUGAAGAUAGCAGGGAAUGGAGUGGCUCCGGGGCGGUUGCAUGUGGCUCAAGCUUUGGUAGAAGCAGGGUAUGUGGAGAAUUUAAAGCAAGCGUUUAGUCGAUAUCUGUAUGACGGUGGACCUGCAUAUGCCAAGGGCAAUGAACCAUUUGCUGAAGUAGUUGUGCAACUAAUUUGUCGCACCGGUGGUGUAGCUGCUUUAGCUCAUCCUUGGGCAUUGAAAAAUCCCCUCACCAUUAUUAAGAGCUUGAAAGCUGCUGGCCUUCAUGCGAUUGAGGUUUACAGAAGUGAUGGCAAACUUGCUGGCUUCAGUGACCUAGCUGAUACUUACGGGCUUGUGAAGCUCGGAGGAUCGGAUUAUCACGGAAGAAGGGGUGACGAUGAGCCUGAUCUAGGAUGUGUUGAUCUUCCCGUCUUUGAUGUUUAUGACUUCUUGAAGCUGGCUCGAUCCAUUUGGUAUGAUGCUAUGAAAGGCAUGCUAUUAAAUUUUGCUGAGAAACCAGUGCAUGUGAACAUAGAUGAACUUUUGAGGUUCGGGAAAUUAAAUGAUGACACUAUCAGUGAAUGCUCGCCUUCAUUGCUAGAUAAUGAAGAGAAUGCAGCUGCUGAAUUUGAAGCCAUUAGACUGAAACUUUCUCACAUUAUGCUUAACAUUAGUGGUCUUCAAAUGUCUGUGAUGAGUGGAUAGCACAUUUUUUGUUUCUGUCAGAGUGUUUGUUGGGUUAAACUAUAACUUUGAUCGAUUAUUUUUCAUACGAUCAGUUUAUUGUGAUAUUAUUUACUCGCUGCUCUUGCUCUUGAUUCAAAUUUAUUGCAAGAACAGAGUUCAUCA